AUGGGUGACCCAACAAAAGAGCCUUUUGAGCCACGAAUUAUUCGAACGAUGAAUUCGCAGGCACCGGGUGCCUGUAACCCACUUUCAAGUCAACCAUCGUCAAUUUCACAGUCUCCAGCCAACUUUCAACCCCGUUUAGGAUCCACGACAAGUGGACUACAAAACGCACCUAGCGUCUCACCUACAGCGUCUUCGGCUACCCCAUCUGCUAACUACCGUGUGGCACAGGCUUGUGACCGAUGUCGAUCUAAGAAAACUCGCUGUGACGGAAAAAGGCCUCAGUGCUCGCAAUGCGCCGCGGUGGGUUUUGAAUGCAAAGUGAGUGACAAAUUAUCACGCCGCGCUUUUCCUCGAGGCUACACGGAAACUCUUGAAGAGCGUGUCCGGGAGCUGGAGGCCGAAAAUCGCCGGUUGGUUGCGCUAUGCGACCUUAAGGACGAACAAUUGCAUCUUGUCUCCAAGUAUUCCUCCAAAAGCCGCCCUGACACUUCUUCGUCCAAUGAAGAAGAACAAAUGCUACAGCAGUUGAGCUCAUCAAAUGGCGGCUCUCUUCGUGUCAGCUCCACCAACCUGUACCUCCUCAAUAAAACGUCGCCGACCGAUCAAGAUAACGCUAACUCUCACAGAUGCCCAGGAAGUGGCUGCAGUCAUGCAUCUCACCCACACUUGCACGAGAAGCCCGUUAGUACCAGCUUGAGCGACCCUCAAAGCAUCUCUUUCGAGCAAAAUGAAGCACCUGGUCUACCAGCCGUUAAAGCGCUUAGUUCCAUGGGCAACCAUGAGUAUUCCACACAACUAGCAUAUCUUGUGGCAUUAUCAGUACCGCGCUCCACAGAAGAAAUUCUGUUCAUUCCCCAACUCUUGGCUCGUUUGGGUCAAGUUCACGGACUUACGUCUAAGCAAUGUAUCUACACGGCUUCACUUCUAGCUUCUUUGAAAGAAACUUCGCAGGCAGCUGUUGCUCUUUCUGACGUUUUGAAUCAACUCAAGAAUAAAAGUCUUUGGGAAUUUGAUGAACCAAUGGAUUUCUUCAAAACAACAUGCAAAUUCGACCUAACUUCAAGCAAUAACUCUGAACUAUUGUCAAUACAAGAAAUUGAGGAUCUUAUCUCGGUGUUUUUUGUCGAAUGCCACGUUUUAAUUCCUGUGCUAAAUGAAAGCGAGUUCUACAACUACUACAACAAAUUUAAAGACAGUCUCACCACAGACAAGGACUUUUUCGGUGCAUCUAGCUCAUCUUUUGCUCAUCGUAGCAAAUCAAUCUCCUACAAGAUUUUCGCAUGCAUUUUGAUGGUGGUGUGUCAAUUUGGUAUAAUGAUAAAGGUCAAGAGAGAGCAAUUAGCCCCAAGCAACAAGUUUUGCCACAUAAUGAAUUACUACAAUAACGCUAUCCCAGCACUGAAAUCGAAUCCUUACUUUUCCGUCAAGACAACCUCGAUCAAGACUUUACAAAUGAUGUCCUUGCUAUUAUUUUAUUUCUUGAACAUUGGAGAUGUGUCGUCAGUUUAUGACAUUAGAGGCAAAAUCGUUUCAAUGGCACAACAGUUGAGACUACACCGUUGUCCUAGUGCGGUUUUAGGUACAGAGGGCUCUACAAUGAGCAAAAACGAACAAGGCGAUCGUCGUAUUUUAUUCUGGGGCAUAUACUAUUUGGAUGUCUUUUCUGCUUUACAACUAGGUGUACCUCGCUUACUAAAAGAUCACGAAAUAGAGUGUGCGCUUCCAGUGAGUGAGGAAGGUCAUCUGGGAGUUAGUUUAGCUGAUCAGGUUAUUAGGCUUGAAGGUCAAGUCUCAGAAUUCUCCCUGUCGCUAUUGAGGUUUUCCAAGAUCUUAGGAAAUAUCCUUGAUUCUAUCUUUAAACGUGGAAUGAAUGCUACUGCCGCUCAACAAGUUGCUUUGAUACACGAAAAUGCCCUUGAUGAUUGGAGACGAGGACUACCGAGAGCGUUGAAGUUUCAGUUAGAUGUCAAUGGAACGGUCAAUAUGGACGACCUCAGCCAAACGAAUCAGUGGAGCCAGGAGUUCAACAAAGGAGAUAAGAAGACACUCAUGGUAUUGUACUUCAUGGUCAAAUGUUUGGUCCACCUGCCGGUUUUGGCGGCCAAACCGUUGUUGGCUGGCCCAGAAGGUGAAUUAAAUACAGAUACGACGUUGGCACCGGAGGUCACGUUGGCUGCAGAGGAACCUAAUGGUGCAACUGAUCGUUCAUCGUCAUACAUUAUUUUGCAACAAGCAACAAAUGCCUUCCUGACUGUGCAAUUAUCUCUGAAGAAUCGUUAUUUGCCAUUGGCGAUCAACAUGUCAAGAAUUAUGGCUCAGUACGUACUCCUGAGUGCUCGUGGCACUUUAGACUAUACUAAAGGCGGGACGCUCUUUCAAGACAAUAAGACUUUGUUGCUAGAUGCGAUAAAAGAACUGGAAACUACAAAAAGACUGGAGAUCCCUGGAUCAUUAUCGUGGCACAGCUUGAUCUUGUUGGAUAUGGCAGUGACAGUAAUAUUACAGCCAGCACAAACACAGCCUGAGAAACUGGAUAAAUUGUUGGAAAAGAGAUUAACUUAUUACAAUAAGUUGAUGGGUCGCUCUGCCGGAGGUUCAAGAUACAAGAGAAAGAUUGAAGAUCAAAACUCUGGAAGCACGUUGAAGCUGACACCCGUGAGCUCUGAAUGCGAAUCGCCUUCGGAUAAAAGAAUAAAAGUGGAGCCUACCAGUAACUACUACGAGAACAGGGACAAUAUAGGAGAUAACUAUGACGAACGUCAAGGCGAAACUUCUUACGGUGGUGCCAAUAAUAAUAAUAACCCUCAUAACGCCAUUGCAGAGGCAUUUCACUUGGAUCCUGUACUUAACAGCAACCCUUUCAGCAACGCAGACUUGACGGCGUUCCUCAAUGCCGAUGGCCCGAUACAGAACUUAGGUAGCGGAGCCUCCAUUUUGAAUCUAGCUGGAAUUGAAAAUGGCGGCUUGGAAGUGCCAAACAAUAACAGCAACGGGCCGGGGUCACGCAAUCAAAUGCAAGCGGCGUCUUUCAAUGAUGGAUUGUUCCGAGUGCCCAGUAACGGCGAUUUCUUGAAGGACUAUUACCGUGUACCCGGUGCCUCGUCGUCCCAGCUCAAUUUGAUGCUUUUUGGAGCCAGCUCUGGGGGGAGAAACCUAAACAAUGUCAGCGAUAAACAAGGCCCCAACAACUUCAACAGCAACGCCGCUCAAGACAACAUCAACAACAACAACAACAACAACAACAGUAAUACCACGAUGCCAAUUUCUGCCAACAUGAAUUCAACAUCUGUGAUGACCCAGGGCUCGGGAUUUACGGUUGAUGCGUCUCUAGGUCUGGCUCCAUUAUUGGCUUGGCCCCAGCCCGGAGUUCAAGAUCAUCACUCAAUACGACAUUCUUCAUUUCCUGCGCCCUCGGCGCUGGCAAAGUCCGAAACCCCUACUAGAAGUCUUGCUCCCACGACUCAUUCUACCAGCUCGCGGCCGCUCCAGAAUGCUUGCCCAAAUGAGACUCCCGACGAUUCAGCUAUCACGAUGCCCUCCAGGCCCCACCGUGGGCCCAGACGUCGCUGGAACUCAUCUUCAACAACCCCGCAGCGACCAGGGCCUGAACAAGAGAAUGUCGAGGGCAACAGCGACAACCUACACGAGUUGUUUCAGUGGCAGAAUUCCGGCUACUAA